UAUGCGCCUUAUGCAUGUGUACAAAAGAAGAGUUUUUGUAUAAAGUUCGAUGUAAGAGACCUCUAUUGAGAUUUAUAUCAAAUAUGAAUUUCAAAUCGUUCAACGGUUAGUUUUCUGACGAAGCGUUUAUAUACAAUGUGAAAGAUAGUGACUUAUUGUAUGAAAAAAGAAUCAAAUAAAAACAACUAAAGUAAUUAAAAGUAUUAAAAAAAUUUAUUUUAUAAAAAUGAAUGAUACACGUAAUAUGAAAAAAGAAAAAAAACAACACAUACAAGUUUUUGUUCGUGUCAGACCAACGAAUAAUGUUGAAAAAAUUGGAAAAUCAAUAACGGUUGUUGAUGUACAAUCUAACAAAGAAGUGAUCAUUCGUGAAAGACCUCAUGAUAAAUUUACAAAAAAAUUCACUUUUGAUAAAGUAUUUGGAACUAAUGCAAAGCAGAUCCAAGUAUAUAAUGCAGUUGUUAGUCCUUUACUGGAAGAAGUUUUGGCUGGAUAUAAUUGCACAGUAUUUGCUUAUGGGCAAACUGGUACUGGAAAGACUUUUACUAUGGAAGGAACUGAUAAUGAUCCAUCAUUACAUUGGCAAACAGAUUCUACCGCUGGAAUUAUACCACGAUCUCUAAGUCAUUUAUUUGAUGAAUUACGAGUAUUAGAGGUACAAGAAUAUUCAGUGAGAGCUAGUUUCUUAGAAUUAUAUAAUGAAGAAAUAUUUGAUUUAUUAUCUUCCAGUGAUGAUGCUGCUAAAAUAAGGAUAUAUGAAGAUCCAACUAAGAAAGGUGCAGUAAUAGUACAUGGCUUAGAAGAAAUGACAAUACAUAAUAAAAAUGAAGUAUUCAACAUUCUUCAGAAAGGAUCAGAAAAACGACAGACUGCAGCUACUUUAAUGAAUGCACAUUCAAGUCGUUCCCAUACAAUAUUUUCUAUCACUGUUCAUAUAAAGGAAAAUACUAUUGAUGGAGAAGAAUUAUUAAAAACGGGAAAACUAAAUUUAGUUGAUCUAGCUGGUAGUGAAAAUGUUGGAAGAUCUGGUGCUGUUGAUCGAAGAGCAAGAGAAGCAGGCAAUAUUAAUCAAUCACUAUUAACUUUAGGUCGAGUUAUAACAGCACUUGCAGAGAAAACUCCACAUGUUCCUUAUCGGGAAUCUAAAUUAACACGAUUACUCCAAGAAUCAUUAGGUGGACGUACAAGAACUUCAAUAAUUGCUACAAUAUCUCCUGCUAGUAUUAAUCUUGAAGAAACAUUGUCAACAUUGGAUUAUGCACAUCGCGCAAGAAAUAUUACAAAUCGACCUGAAAUUAAUCAAAAAUUUUCUAAGAAAGCAUUGCUUCAAGAAUAUAUUGAAGAAAUUGAAAGAUUAAAGAAAGAUUUAAUAGCAUGUCGUGAACGAAAUGGUAUUUAUUUAACUCCAGAUAGUUAUAAUGAAAUGCAAUCUUUGAUAGAAUUUCAAAGUAAAGAAAUAGAAGAAAAAUUAAAUCAUAUUAAAGCCCUUGAAGAAUGCAUGAAUUCUAAAGAGCAAAUAUUUAUAGAACUAAAAUCAAAAAAUUCUGAACAAGCAUACGAAUUAUUAAAUGUAAAAAAUAAAUUGGAAAGCACAGUAAACACUUUAAUGUCAACGUCAUCACGUUUAGCAAUAUUAGAACGAGAAAAAGAGGAACAAAAACAUCUUGUUGAGAAACAUGCAUAUACUGAAAAUAUUCUUUUGUCACAAGUACAAACAGUUUUAGAUGUUGCAAAUAUUGUCACUUCAGAUGUGAAUAAACUUCAUGACAAAAUUUUUCGUAAAAUGCAAAUAGGACAACAAAAUAAAUAUCUUGGCCAUCAAUUUAAAAACAAUACUAAAGAACAAAUUAAAAAUAUAGAAAUUAAUAUUACAACACAUAUUGAAAACUUAACACAGUUCUGUGUAUCUAUAAAAAAUCAUAUUGAUAAGGAAAAUAUUUUAAUUAGUGGAGAUAUUGAUCAGUCGAUUCAAGUUAUAUCCCAAGAUCUUGCUAAUUUCAGGCAAAAUAUAAUUCAUGAGUUAAUGAAAAAUAUAAAUGAUUUUUAUUUAAAAUACCAACAAUGGUUUGAAAAUGGAAGUAAAAAUAUUGCAGAUAUAAUAGAUAAAAAAACUUGUAUGUUAAAUAAUAUUUCUUUCUAUAUUGCACAAAAACUUCAACAAUUAAUAGAAAAUAAAAUAGCUGAAGACUUACAAGUUUUGAAUGACGAUGUUUCUCAAAAUAUCGAUAAUUUGAUAGAAUUUACAAAGGAAACAGUAAUAUCGAUUUCUAAAUAUUCUAUUGAAAAGCAGGAUUGUUUAAAUAAACAAAUAUUAGAAAUUAAAGAACAUAUUAAAAAUAUUCGACAAAAUCAAAACGAUAUUUCAGAGAAACGAACAAAUUUUAUAAAGAUGAUGGACAAUUUGCAAUGUUGUUUCAAUGAAGUACAGAAAGAAGAAGAAGAAAAUCAUUUUACAACAUGUAAUAUAUUAAGUAGCAUUGAUGAAACUUGUGAGCUUAUAAAUAAUCAAGCUUUAGAUAUAUGCAAAAUGAACAUUGAAAAACGAAAAAGUUUACAAGAAAAACUUUGCAAUGACCUACAAAUAGUAAAAAAAGUAGUUUUUGAAGAAACGGAUAAGUCUCAAUUAAUAGCCAAAAGUGCUAUUGAACAAGGUAAAAUAUUAAUAAACAAAUUUCAAAUGGAUUUAAAUAAGAAUUGUGAUACAUUAAUGAAUUAUAAAAAUUGCGUGGAACGUAAUAUUGGGGAAAUACAAAAAAAGAUGGAAGAAGAUAAAAGUCUUAUUUUAUCUGCAAUUAAUGAUGUAUAUAUGAAAGUUUACAUUGCUGGAAAUGAAUAUGAAAAAUGUUUAAAUGACUGUAAAAUAGCAUUUAUGAAUGUAUCUAUAGAAAUGAGUCAAAAACUUGAAAAUGAAAAUAUUAAUGCAACAAAUAUAAGCAGUAAAAUUAUUGUAGAAAUACAAAGAAUACUUGAUCAAGUUGAUAAAUUCUUUACAGAAGAUUUAUAUCGUGAUAUUCCGACAGGUUUAACUCCUGCAAAAAAAGAUUUUCAAUAUUGUAAAAAACUUAUUAAAACAUCUCCACAUGGACGACUUCUUAAAAAAUAUAGAGAAACACUCAAGGAUAUUGAAGAUAUAGAAAACGAACCUGUGAGCAAUAAUAUACUUAAAGAAGAAGCUAUAGAUGCGAGCUGAAAAACAGAAAUUGAAGGAAUUAUUAUAAUAUAUAUAUACUAUCUGGAAAUAUAUUAAAUAUACAUUUUUAAAUUGUAUUUUAACAAUACGAAAAAAUAAAAUUAAAUGUAUCAUAUUAAGA